AUGCCGUCGGUUUCGAAAACGGCGGCCAAUGCGUCCCCUCAAACCGAGAAACCUACCCACUAUACAUACUUGAAGGAGUUCAGGACAGAACAGUGCCCGUUGUUCCUCCAGCACAAGUGUACGCAGCACAGACCCUUUACGUGCUUUAAUUGGCAUUUUCUCAACCAGCGGCGAAGACGACCCAUACGAAGAAGAGACGGAACUUUUAACUACAGCCCCGAUGUAUACUGCACGAAAUACGACGAGACCACAGGCAUCUGCCCAGAUGGGGAUGACUGUCCUUACUUACACCGGACCACUGGUGACACAGAGCGCAAGUACCAUCUACGCUAUUACAAGACUGGCACUUGUAUCCAUGAGACAGAUGCUCGAGGGCACUGUGUGAAGAAUGGCCUCCACUGUGCUUUUGCUCACGGGCCACAUGAUCUCCGACCUCCAGUCUAUGAUAUCAGAGAGAUUCAAGCACAAGAGGCUCUUCAGAAUGGACAGUUGGGAUCUGGGGAAGGUAUUCCUGAUCUGCAGCCUGGUGUAUUAGCCAGCCAAGCUAUGAUUGAGAAAACUCUAACAGAAGACCCCCGGUGGCAAGACACCAACUUUGUUUUAGCCAACUAUAAAACAGAUCAGUGUACUAAGCCCCCAAGACUAUGCAGACAGGGCUAUGCUUGCCCCCACUACCACAACAGUAGAGAUCGAAGACGGAAUCCUAGAAAGUUCAAAUAUCGGUCAACUCCUUGUCCUAAUGUGAAACAUGGGGACGAAUGGGGCGAGCCCUCGAAGUGUGACAGUGGAGACAGUUGCCAGUAUUGUCACUCUCGCACUGAACAGCAGUUUCACCCAGAGAUCUACAAAUCUACCAAAUGCAAUGAUAUGCGGCAGACUGGAUACUGUCCCAGAGGACCGUUUUGUGCUUUUGCACAUGUAGAAAGAAUUCCCUCUACAGAAGAGACCAUGAGCUCAUUGCUAACAGUGAUACAGUCAAGUUCACAGUCCCAGCUGGGCUCUCAGCAGUAUUCAGAGUGUCCAGUCAGUGAGUGGAACAGUGGAGGCAACUCCACCACCAACGCAACCAGUAGCAACGGACAAGUAGGAAGUGUUUCAUGUUCUAAUAGCUCAACUGUAACUCCAAGCUCAGGAAGCGACAGUUUGUUAUCCCCAGUGGGAUCCAUCAGCAGGCCCAAAUCCUUAACUAAUAGUAGUUUAUGUUCAGAGUCCACCACAUCCAGUGUCUCAUCUCUGACGUCUAACUAUCCUAAAGCUCCGGGCUUUGAACGUGAGGAUCAGAUUAAGAACAAGGGGCAAAUGGAUCAGAAAUUGAUGGACCAAGAAAAACAGGCACAAAAUAGUGUGUUCCAUGCGGUGAACCCUUUGGCAUCAAGCUUUACCUCCAGUAUAACAUCCAGCUUGGCCUCUAGUAUUGGCUCAGAAAGUUCUUCACCCACCACCUUAUCAACUAUGAAUGCAAAAGCUACUCCUUUCUAUCCAGGGAGCAACACAGUGGAGUCUGUCAUAGAUGUGUUAUGUUUUCCCUUAGGAUCUGCUUUGGACCUCAACUUUAGUGACAUUAAUGUUGCAUCUCUUGAUAAGGAGCUGGAGGAACAAGACAGCAAUGUAGGGCUGGCAAGUCAAAGGGUACUAGGUGGAUCUGCUCCAGUUAACAUUCCAGGCUCCCUGGCGCGAUCGUCCUCUUUUAAUUCCUCGUCAUCACUCUCCACCUCCCCGCUAAGCUCCCUGUCCCAGUCUCUUUCGCAGUCCCUGCUGUCCGGGGCAGUAUCGCAGCAAAAUCAACCUUCGAACAUUUUAGCCAAGCAAGAGCAUGGCCUGCUGGGAACACCCACCUCCUCCUCCCAGAACUCUUUGGGCUUGAAUGGAGGGGCUAGCAACAUUUGGGACUUUGUAAGUGGCAACUUCUCACCGAGUCCAUCUCCAGUUUUCAGCAGCCUAACCUCCACCACCAGCAGUGCUGAUCUGGCUCGCCUUUUUAGAGAGCUGGACGAGGCCAAGAAGAAGAUCAAACAAUGGGAGGAGGCCUGGCAUCAGGUCAAACAAGCCUGUGAAGCUUGCCAGAAAGACGCUCACGAAGCAAAGGAACAAGCGAAAACGGCCGAGGCAGAGCGGCAGCUGGCAGAACAGAAAUGGGAGGAAACGGAGCGCAAGCUGAAAGAGCUCCAAGGGGACUUUGAUGUGCUUUGUCGCACCCCUGGAACCCCUCUUCUACGUAGCUACGGAGAGCUGGACCAGCUCCCCUUGUCAAAGCUUCACUCCAUCCAGAGUCAGCUGCGUAAUGACCUAGACCUUAUAGAUGGGGUAAUAUAUCAGCUUCAGUCAAAGAAAUGUAUAGUUUGCCAAAAGCAUGAUCGUUGCAUUGUUCUGCAGCCUUGCCAACAUUAUGUACUAUGUGAGAACUGUGCACCUAGUAAAACAGAAUGUCCCUACUGUAGAACAAAAAUAUUGAAGUGGUGAUGUACAAUUACUCAAGGUACUAUUUAAAGAUUUAGCCCCUUGAAAAACUACUAGUAGAUAUUACAUUUUCUAAAUAGCAAUGUCUGUUUCAUACAGUUAUUGAAUUAAUUUAGAAUAAAAUGAUGUUUGACUGACAAAACAAAUAGUAUUAUGAAUCAGAUUGUGUACAGGGGAUUCAAUCAUUAUGGUUUUUGCUCAUUUUAUGUGCACAUUAACUUCGUCAACCAGAUAGCACUCAGAUUAGAAUAUUAAAUUAACUCGCGAUGCCGCUCCGCCACUCUUCAGUCAUGAUUCAGACAUUCUAAAGGACAUAAAUCAGUUUGUUUACACUUUGUUAUGAAUAUAUUAUACAGCCAUUGCCAACCUAACAAACUGCUCUCACAGUAAACAUCAAAGUACAGAUUUAAAGACACGCAAAUAGGACCAAUUGACUUUGUUAAAAGCUGUGUACACAAAGACAUUAACGACUGUGAGUUUGUAUUUCCGCCCCCAUGUUUUUCUCUUUAUGGAUUCGAAUAACUUCACUGUACUUUGGAAUUAGUGUGGAUAAAUCUCUGAUCUCCUGAGGCUGCUUCUUCUCGACUUAAUGCACUUAAAAUCCACCCAGAGCGAAUUUGAAUGCAUUUCAACCCCAACUUUAUAGAAAAUACUGUGGGAAUGUGAGUAAAGUCAUCAUGGAUGCUUGUAUUUGGAGAAAGAAAACUUACUCACUGUAACUUUAAUGUUAUAUCUUAACUGAAAAUAGAUAAAUUAUAGUUUUAAAAACACAUAUAAAAUAAACAUUGUCCUUGUCAUACUAUAGGUCAUUAGGUUAUUUUUCAGUCAUUCUGAGGGUGGGAAAUGUUGCAGGCAGUUGCCCUGUAGCCUGCAGACCUCCACAGGGGAAUUUGAACAUUAAAGGUUUCCCAUUGUGGAUCAAAACAAUCCCACACAGUGAUGCAGAAAUAUAGACAGCUAUUGUUGAUAUUUGACCACAAUAGCUUGUGCCAUAGGCUUUCCAGGUUGGGAUCUUAAAUGCAAGGAAAUCACUGUGUAAAUGUUGAAAAUAGUACGGUGACGACAUAAAAUGUGCAAAACUAAAAGCUGAUUUUUCUUUAAAUAAAGAGGAACAUUUCAACAAACCAGGCAGCCGAUAACCUGAAUGUGACUGAUACUUCAUUCAGACAUAUUUAUUUCAUUUUAGUCAAUCUUGAAUUCCAGAAGAAAACAUGUGCACCAUUCACAGAGCAUGGAGCUUCCAAAACUGAUGAGUGAAAUCGGUUGCUUAUCAUCUUCAUUGUACAGGAGAGUGCUUAAAGGCUUAGAAGCUCCAUGCUCUGGGGAGUGAAUACACACUUAAAUUCUUGCAUUUAACAUCAUGGGGAGUAAUUGAUGAAAAACUGGAAAUCAUGGACCAAAUUGUUGUCUAACAAUAGAAACUGAAUUUGUAGAUUUGUAAAAUGUUUCACAUCCCAUGAGGCUGAACCAGAUUAAAAAAGUAAACAACGCCUUUUACAGAAAGUGUUCCUCUUUAAGUAAAGUCACAAGUUCUUAAACCACAAAUUUCAACAGCAAUUUUUUUUCAAUGAAACCAGUCAAGCAUCAUUAUUUUGACCAACUUUCUGAAGAAGUUUGAUUUCUUACUUAAGCACUUUGUUGACCUGGGACUUUAUUAAAGGGUAUAUAGAAAUUUGCUUUAAGCUGCUUUGUAGGUAUUCUUUUGUGUCUUUUUUAGAUUUAUAAUUUUUUUUCUAUAUAAGCUAAUGUCUGAAGCUUUUAUGUAUACUGUGAAACAUCAUUUGAAUAUUUCAUGUUUCCUAUUGUUAAGUCAUGGCAUGGUUCUACAUAUUAUUAAGAUUUCAUAGAAAAGUACUUAAUAGUUUCUACUUUCAUAGUUAGAUUUAUAAAAUUUAAAAUCAAAUAAGUGCAAAUUUAAAAUGCAUUUUAGGCAUAACCAGCAGCUGUAAUAUCGGUAAGGCACAUGCUACAUGUUAAGGCUGUUAUUCAAUCAGUUAAUUUUGUUUUGUAGAGAUUUAUAUAGCCUAGCCAUUAGAGAAGCAUGUAUUGUAUUUACUAAAAGCCUGAAAUGGUGAUUUUUGUAGGAAUCUAGCCUCUUGACCUUGUCUAGAACAUAUCGGCCUCUAACUCGAAAGUGCCUUGCCUUAGUUGAAAAGGUUAUGUAUAGAAUUGUCAGAGCAAACACAAGUAGUUGAAGCUUGUGCACAGGUUUCUGCAUAAUGUGUCUUGUUUAACUUUGCAGAAGCAUUGACAUGUUAAUGACUAUAUAUGUACAUAGAAAUAUAUGCCAGUGUGUUUGGCCCAAUCCCAUAAAGUAUUUCUGCGGAAGAUAAUUGAAAACAAACAUUGUCAGUGCCUGUGUCCUGACUUCAACCUUAGAAAUGAACCUCCACUCUCCCCUCCAACUACCCACCCACUCAUUCCCUGGUCAUGGUGCUCUUUUGGUGCAGCUUCAGUCUUUGAAAUUAGGUUUUUCAAUUUAACAUUUUGGGAGUAUGCAAACAGAGGACACAUGAAUUUGUAAAGCAACCUAUAAAAAUGCUUUUUAAACAGUUCUGCAACUUUGUUUCAUUGUAAUAAUUCUGCAGUGAUUGAAGAAUCUGUAGUUAGCUUGUAAGUUGGAUUUUGCAUAGGACUUGUGCUUAGGUUCCUCUAAUUGAAAUGACCUUCUACUGUGUUAAAAAAAAAAAUCUUUUUAUUCUUGCUUUAAAUUCAAUAGAAAAUCAUGUAUCUCCAGGUACACCUUUUGCUACUUAUAAAUAUGGGAAGAUGCAUUGUUUACAUUCACAUAAAUGACAAUUAAGCAACUCAGAGGAAAAAUAUCAAGAAAGGUUAUGGUAUUUUAGUGUUUUCAUGAUUAUAUUACAGCAUAAAUGGCAGCCUAAACACUUCUGGUAUUGCAUGUUAUGCGAUUUAUUAACCAGCUACAAAAAAAGAAAAAAAAAAGUUCGCACUGUGUCACACUGCCAGAAUAUUUGUAUUGACUUAUUUUUAGUGUAGUAAAGGCUUAAUAACUUCUGCAAGCUUCGCUGCUACUGGAAAAGGUAUUAAUGUAGUUUCUUGUUAUACAUUUAGAUGUUUGAAUGUUGUUGUGCAUCCACAGCUCAGAUUUCAGAAACUAUGAAAUAAUCUGUCUUCUGUAUCUAACUUGACUAAAUCUUAAUUUGAUUGACUUAUUCAUUUGUAAAUGCAUUUGAGUCCAAGUUUCAGUACUUUUAUAUCACUUAGAAUGAUGUCACAGACCUGCACUGCUGUAGAUUGUCCCUUUUUUUAAUUGAUUGAAGGUUAAUGUAUUUCUGUUGCAUUUCUUUUUACCCAUACACUGGGUAGCAGUGUAUGAUGCAGCUAAUUUCACAGGGUCCUCUAGUCUAUGUUGAUUUGCCUGUGAAGCCAACUAAAUUAAUGAUGUCUAGUGUGAUCAUCUAAAAAUGAACCAAAGUGGUGUUCUAGUAGCUGUCCAAAUAUGUAUUCUAAAGGGAAAAUUUACCCUUGAACAGAAUUCAAACUAUUGCUCUCGGACAGAUCGGCCUGUAGUUGUGAGCAGAGCCUCGUCUUUCCCAAAGUUAAAAAUGUCACGUCAGAGCACCGAGACCAUCCAGAUGAACUGAGUCCAGCAUUGCGAGUGGCAGGAAUUCUGUUUUUGGCUGGAUUUUUGCUUUGAUAUUUCAUUCAGUAGGACAUAUAUCCUUUGUGACUAAACAACAGGACUAUGCUAAUGGAUUUUGCUUACAACAUUAAUGGACUUGAGCCCAUUUUUUGCAGUUUUACCAAAGACCUGUACUGUUGUUAUUUCUUUUGUACUACAUUUCAUCAUUCGUUUUAUUUCAGUAACUAAAUUGAGUUUAAAAAGUAAUCACCUAGUACCUUAAAUAGAUAUGUUCAUUAACAGUAAUUAAUGGCAUCUUUUUCUAUCUAAAGUUAGCUAUAGUGAGUUGAUACACAAAUGAUCAAAAAUGCAUGGGUCAGAUCCUUACAAAAUGUGUAUUUGUAUAUUUGAUUUUGUGUUAAGUAUACAUUGACGUUUAUGGCAGGUUUGUGCAAUACUGGCUAGCACAUGCUGACCUUAAGCGAGGAUUCAGUGUCAGUUUAAUUGUUGUCUACAGUGAAGGAAUGUCAAAGGUGUGACAUUUGUGCUUCUGAAGUGGCCAUAUAAACUUCACUACAACUACUGUUCUGAAGUUGUUGGGGUUUUUUUUUUUUCCUUAAUUACAUCUCAAUCAGUCUGGAAAUUGAUGGUUAUGCAUUAUAUGCUGUUAUGAUAGGCCUGCAGUGACUGUAAGGUGCUUUCUUUCUAUCUGACUCUUUGUUUUCUAUUUCUUAAAGCUGCGGUCCAAAUUAGGGUUUUGUUUUUGUUUUUUUUUUGUAAAAUUACAGGGGACAGAUGAUGAUUGUGACAAACAUUUAUGGCAGAUACAGACAAAAUUAAAACUGAGUUGUUGUUAUGAUAAGUUGUUGUUGGCCUUCGGCCUCUCUAGUGGUCUGCUCCCCCCAAUUCAAGUUUUCUAAAACGAAAUGAAACAAACAUUCACUUGGUAAACACAGCUUGCAUUUCUUUACCUUUCUUGAUAUUUGUGAAAUUUAUCUCUAGCUGACCAAUUACACUUUCAAGUACAUGUGUGCCUUUAAUAAUUACAUGAUGUUGUUUGGUAUUUAGAAUAUUUCUCUGAGAGUGUUUGCUCUCAGUCAGAUGACAAAAUAUAACAUGUUUAAUUAGAAUCAAAAUUCCAGUGCCUUACAAUAUCUUUGUGGACCACAAUGUGAUUGCUAAAUGACCCUGCACAUUCAGGCCACUUGAGCUGAAAGGAAAAAAAGGCUAACAUUUAUUUCACAAGUUCAGCAGCGGGAAGCAAAGGUUAUAACUGACUGAUAAUUGUCUGUUUCAGUCUGUAUUUGCCAUACCAUUAAAAAAAACAGCAAUAUUUAACCACUGAAUACACAGUUUUGAUCUCAAUUAGUCAUUUGGCACCAAAAACUCAAUUGUUUAUGAGGAAAAGCACCAAAUAGGAAGAAUCUUGUAAAUGAACUGUAAUAGAUGUAUCAUUAUGCUCUGCAUUGGAAUAGUUUAAUCUAUUUUGCAUUAUUGUUAGUUGUUGUGUUGUCUUUUUGUUUUUAAUAUUAUGAAAAUGGAGCCUGAAGAUUUAUGCAAUCUUGUACAUGUAUAUGAGUAAGAUGUAUGGAGCUGUUCAAAUUAAGUAAAAUACUAGUACAACAAGUGUUGUCAAAAGUAAAUAAUCUGAAUGUGGAACCAGUUGUUCCAUAUACUUUAGAAAAUUUCAGUAGAAAUGUUAUUUUAACAUUUAAGCCCUGAAAUAUUGAAUGUAUUGUUCUAAAUUAGAUAUUCAAUGAAUAGGUCACUGGAUAUUAUGGAGCGCAGUUAAUUCAUUAUGAUGUAGCAUCUAGUUGUGAACUGCUAUUCAAUAAAAUUUAUUAGAACUAAAACAAAUGCAAGUUUUCAAGUUUCUAUUUGUCAGCAUAAUGUGGAUAUAUAAGGAAAGAAAUGUGUUUUUCUCAGGGUGAUACAGUGAUUUAAUAGAGUGUGUUAAAUCUGAGGAAACUGCAUUUCAUGGAUUUAUUUGCUUAACGUCAGUGGGUUUAGACAUUAUUUAUAGAUUAUAAAAAACAUGUCCCUUAUUUUGUGACAAGCUGUAUGGGUAUGUAGGAAAUUCUCUACUGAUAAUUCUGUUGGUAUAUUCGUAUUUUUUGUGUUGUGAACACAAAAAUAGGUGCAAGUCUUAGAACACUAGAUUUUUCUUUUCUACAUUGAGGAUUGUGUACCGCAUAUUUUCUGUAGUGUAUUACUAGUUUGUUAACACUUGUUAAAUUGUUACACUACAGUUAUGCAAUGGUUUACAGAGUUCACAAAAUUAUUUUUAUCAUCUUGAGAAUUAAAAUAAUUUUUCAU